AUGACGAUGCCGCCCAGGAGGCUCUCAAGUUCAACACCUACCCACUUAUGUUGGACGGUUGAUAAGGUUCUAAUGCAACGAGUGUUGGCCCAGUUCAAGUGUGUCGCGAAGAAACUUACUCGCGAAACGACCUCAAUUAUUGCCAACAUGUAUUCUCUAUUUGAUGCCGACAGCAUAGAAUUUCGGGAUACUCUUGCAACUGCACAGCAAGACCCAGUGCUGAAGGCUUACGAAGGUGCCUCGGCUGCAUAUGUUGUUCGAUCCGAAGACUCUAGCAGGAUGGUCCCCGCUGGCGCCAUCGGUGAGCUAGCAUUACAGACCUCCCAGCCAAACGAACUCCAAGUGCUGGCCUGUUCAGAAUGGCCAGAACUGCUGCGCUCUUCCACAGUUGCCGAUAAGCUGUAUCUGACCGGAAAAUUGGCCAAGUAUGAUGCUGCUGGCAAGAUUAAGAUCGUUGGCGACAAGGCCACCGCGAGCGCCCCGCAUGCUCCCGUGGCGAAAAGACUGAUACUUUCUGCAAUAUCUCAACGCCAGCACAGUCUUCAGGCACUGUGGAGCCGCGUGUUGCGAGUCCCCGAGACGGAGAUUGGACUGGAGGACAACUUCUUCUUACUCGGUGGUGAUUCAAUAUCGGCUAUGAAGCUUGCAUCUGAAGCCCGACCAGAGGGCAUCCACCUCACCGUUUCGCAAAUGUUUGCUAACAAAAUUCUGGUGGAGAUGGCCGCAGUGAUGGAGUACACCGAGGAGGUGAAGGACAAAGGUGAUGAGCCUAAUGACUUCCUCGCUGAGCCAUUCGCACUUCUUGAUGGUAUCAGCGACUUGAACGCUUUCCUUGCCAACGAUGUUGUACCGCAGCUCGAGAACAAGGCCUGGACGGUCACGAAUGUGCUGCCAACCCGGUACCUACAACAGAUUGCCGUUCGUGGCACAACAGAGAAACCUCGAUUCUCCGCGCGCUACGAGCUCAUAUUCUUCGACGAAAAAGUCAAUCUACCCCGCCUUCGCCGGAGCUGCCAGGAUCUCAUUGCUCACAACGAGAUCCUCCGCACAGUGUUUGUCGAAAAUGGGGGACGAGGAUAUGCUGCCGUGCUGGAUUCUCUCACCACACCUUUCGAAGAAUAUACGUACACCGACCAAACACAGGAUUUAUCAUCUUUUACCAAGGAUAUUUGUCGCGCCGACAUCGAGAAGCCCAUGCCACUUGGCUCCAGCUUCGUCAAGUGGCUGUACGUCUCCGAUCCCAAGAGCACCGUCCUGCGCAGCUGUCUCGUCUUCCGCAUUUCCCACGCGCAAUACGACGAAAUGUGCCUCCCCAUUUUACUGCGUCAACAUUCUGCUCUUUACACCCAGAACAAGACGUUGGAGCCUUCAGCUCCGUUUUCCUCAUACGUAUCUCGCAUACUUAACCAUGCUAUCCCAGCAAGCGUUCCAUACUGGAAAGAACUUCUCGCCGACUCGACUAUUACCACUCUCCGCCCAGAUAUUCCUUUAGUUGACCACAGACACUUUGCCAUUGAGCAGAGCCUGGACAUUUCCAUGCGAAAUCGCGAAGUCACCGUGGCAUCCUUCCCUACGGCCGCGUGGGCGCUGUGCCUCGCGCGGCGCCAGGGUCUGCGAGAUGUUUUGUUUGGCGAAGUCGUCAGCGGUCGCAGCAUUGACUUUGCGGGCGCAGAUAUCGUGACUGGCCCUUGCUGGCAGUACGUGCCGCUACGGGUGCGCAUGGAUGAGUCCUGGACGGGCGCAGAUUUACUCGCGUUCGUGCAGCGACAGCAUGUUGAGAGCGCGGAGUAUGAGGGCAUUAGUCUAGAGGAGAUAGCUGAGCUGUGCAGCCCAGGCUGGGAAAAGCAAAAGAGCAUGACGGGCGAUGGCCAGCCGGAGCAAUGGUGGUUCGACACAGUGAUGCAUCAAGAUGUGUCGCAUCUGGCAUCGCGUGAGAACGCGGAAGAAGAGGCCGAAAAUAGGCACGAGACGUUGUAUUUGUGUGAAGAGCCGCUGCGUGAGUGGAAAAUACAGGCUUUUGUGCACGAGGGGGGCAAUAGAAUGAAGCUCGAGAUUGUGACUUUCAGGAGCUGGGGCGGUUAUGCUGAGAAACUGCUCGAAGAUUUGGUGGAUGUGAUGGAGGGGCUGGUGAAGAGGCCGGCUGAAAAACUGUUUGCAGUCUAG